AUGAUAACGAAUACUUUGAACCGUCGAGGUAAACGAAAUACUUCCGUCAUUCAACUACCCUGUAUUUUACUAUAUUAUCUGAAUUUAUUGGGCAGUUCCAUAAGAGUUCGAGAAAUGAGCACCGAUGUUUCGGAAUCAUCUACACAAGAACUCAGUGAGUACUACGAAAAAUUGCUGAAGAUUUCAUCUGAUCUAGAAGAAAAACAAAGGAUUGAGAAAUCUUCACAGACGCACAACGCUGACGGAAGUGCAAUAAUUAGAACAUCGAUGCCACCUGAAAACAUUCUCAAGCAUGUGGAUUAUGAAGAGCCACCUAAAGGCAUUGAACCACACACACUUACUGACGUGAUGCGCCGACUUCAUUCUCUUACGGCAGCUGAAAUGCGAACGUUGCUAAAACAGGUGCACCAGUCAGGACAAGGCACCAAAAAGCAAUUACGCACACGACUACGUCGAUACUAUCGUAAGGAGUUUUCGAUGUACCGGAUGUUACACGAUGUGGAUUGUGUUCCUCGAUUCGGAAAUAAAACUGCUCGUUAUUUCGAUUACCUUGUGGCAAUAGAUUUCGAAUGUACCUGUGUCGAAGUUAUCUAUGACUACCCACACGAAAUUAUCGAAUUUCCUGCAGUUCUAAUUGACGUUGGACAGAUGAGAAUAGUAGACACUUUCCGAACGUUUGUACGUCCUGAGAAGAAUCCUAUUCUUGAUCCUUUCUGCAUCCAAUUAACUGGUAUAUCUCAAGAAACUGUGGAUUCUGCACCAGUGUUCAAGGAUGCUUACAGAUUGUUUCGUGACUGGAUGACACAGCACAAUCUUGGCGAUAGUGGUUAUCGAUAUGCGUUCGUAACCGAUGGACCGCACGAUUUGUGGAAAUUUUUCCAGUUCCAGUGUAUUUUGUCCAACUUCGGAGCUGUCCCUCACGACUGCAGAUAUUUCAUCAAUAUUAAGCGAAUCUUCGAGCAAAGAGUGAUGAAACUAGUCAAAGGUAACGGGCAAUCAGGAAUUCAAAAUAUGCUUGCCCAUUACAACCUUUCUUUCGAGGGCCAGAAACAUUGCGGUCUCGAUGAUUCAAUCAAUAUCGCACGGUUGUGCAUAAAGUUAAUGCAGGAUAAGAUUGAACUCAGGAUCAAUCAACGAAUGACCCAACGACAAGACAGAAAUGAGGAUCGUCGUCUGGAGGAACUCGCAAAGUCUGACAGAGCCGAUGCCUCUGAUUAUCACAUAUGGCACCGUAAACUACCGCUCAAACUGCGACAAGUGACUAGGGAUGAAUUUCUCAGCGAAGAGUACCUAGACUGUGAUUCCUGUGACGAUAUUGAUGAGUAG